GAAAAUUCCUUAGAACUUUGAGCUUAAUAACAUAUUAAAAUCAUUAACAUUAAGGAGGUGAACUUUACUUACCAAUUACCAAAGUUUCUUCCGCCAAAUAAUACAUAAAAAUUGAAAAAGAUAAUGUAACUAGUUUUAACUUUUUUUUGUGUUAUAAUUUGAAUCACUCGAUUUAUCCGACUGAGGAUGGUCGAUCGCAAUCUCAAUGUAUACGUAUUCUCAUCGCAUGAAAUAGAUCACAUGAGGGAUUUUCAAAAGUCGAUGGAAUAUUAAUCGCGAUUAAUUAUUUGUAGGUGUAUUCUGUGCGGCUAAAGCAGUCACCUAAUGAAUUAUUGAGUACCAGGAAUGUUAGCGGUAAACAGGAUUGCGGCUAUGAAUGAUUCUCUAAUGUCUAUAUUAGAGAUGAAUUUGAUAAUUUAUCCUCAUAAUAUGCAAUCCGCUUUUAAGUGGAAAUCAUAAUUAACAAUUUCUGUUUGAUUAAAUAUGAAGAGCAGAUAAAUCGAUACGCUUAAAUCAAUAUUAGAAUUUCUUAACAUUUUUAUCAAAUAUUUUAGCACUGUAAAAGCGUCGUAGUAGAGAAAUAUUAGGUUGUUUCAAAAGUUUCUUUCGUUUUAUAAGAAAGUAAUAGAUGUACAACAUUUUUCGUUUUAUAUUAUUUUAUUGAAUUACGUGUGAUCCACCUUUUUCCAAUUUAAUGUAAAAUAAUAUAGAAUAACAUAAAACAAAAUAUGUUGUGCAUCUGUCAUUUCUUUUUAAAACGAAAGAAACUUGGGACAACCUAAUAGGAAUUUACUUUUAUUAUCCAUUAUAAAAAUGGAUUGUUAAUCCUCUAGGAGAUACGAACAAUAUAAUUGCAAUUAAUAAGGAAUAAGCUAGCAUAACUUAAACCAGCUUUUGCAGAAAGCUAUUAGCUAAAGAUGUUUAUUAAACAAUGACAACAUGAAUUUUCUUAAGUACCCCAUUUGGUACUUAAUCUACUUCGAGGAGAGUCGUAUUUCGGAACGUCAUCGGAACAUAUUAUACCUUGUAUGUGAUUAUUUGGAACACAAUGGAAAUCAGUGGACAUCAUGGAAAGAGAAGGCGAAACCAAAUUUGAAAAUUCGACAUCGGUAUAUAGACGUUAGCGAUGUAUUAUUCCGGGAAGCUCGUCUAUCUCCCGAACAUCGGGUUUGCGACAACAUCGAUUUGGAAAUUAUCGUUGCAGAGUAUGAAAAUUAUUACAAGAUGAAAUUUCAAAAAUAUCCCAUAUUGUGUAAGAAAAUAACUGGAAGGGAAAUGACGAGGGAAGUGACAAAUGCAAGCAAAACUGUUUGUAGAAGUAUUGAGACAAAAGCCAAAUCUGUUAGUAAACAAGCGAGAAGUGAGCCUGUGAAAGAGACGAAUCUACAGCAGAAGAUAACUGAUGACAAUACGAAUCAUAUUAAUCUCGCAAUGACAGUGACGUCAAUAUUCCCCAAUGAGAGUGAUGGACGUUCAUCAGAAGAGCUAUUUAACGUCCCAAUGGAACAAUCCAUGCAAUCGAAGAUAUUGAAAUGCAUUGAAAAGUUUUAUUCAGAUAAUCCGGAAUUACGAAAGAUUGCUGAGGACAUCUCAUGCAGAAGACGCCAUUUUAUCUUUGUAUCGUCACAGGAGAUCAUAGUAAACAAAUUAAAUGUACAUUGGGAUGACGUUAUAGGCCUAGAGGAAUGUAAAACCGCUGUUAAGGAGGCCGUUGUGUAUCCCCUUAAGUAUCAUAUCUUUUUUGAUGGCCCGUUUUCCCCCUGGAAAGGUAUUUUGCUGUACGGCCCACCUGGUACAGGGAAAACGAAGUUAGCGAAGGCAGUCGCGACAGAAUGCCAUUGCACCUUUUUUAACAUAACUGCCAGCUCAUUGGUCAGCAAAUGGAGAGGCGAUUCCGAGAAGUAUAUACGUGUAAGUUGCUUUGUCUAUGUUUUAUUUGAACUUGCCUAUAGUCAUUCGCCUACAAUUAUUUUUAUCGACGAGAUUGACUGGAUCGCCACAAAUAAAGGAGACUGUAUAUUGUCUGAACCUGCAAAGAGAUUCAGAUCAGAACUUCUUUCUAGAUUGGAUGGAUUAGUGUCUAAUGAGAAUUCUAAUGUAGUUCUUCUGGCUACAACUAAUUCCCCUUGGGGCAUUGAUGCAGCUUUACUCAGGCGUCUCGAAAAGCAAAUAUACGUAUCAUUACCCAAUGAAGUUGCUCGACUUGGUAUAUUCAAAUUAUACCUUAGCAACCACUUAUUAGAAAAUACAGAUAUUGUAAACCACAUAGUAAAAUGUACUGAAAGAUAUUCUUGUGCAGAUAUAAAAUUGCUUUGUAAGCAAGCGUGGCUACCAGAAAUAAGCCCGAUAUGGAGGAGACUUGAAAAGAAAGAAACACCUGUUACCACUUUGAAAUAUGAAUUAAAAAGUUAUGAAAUAUUAGCAAAAUUGUUACAAAAAAUGUCACCUACAGUUAUGCAAAUAGAUAAAUAUGAUACGUGGAACAAAUAAAUACGCAAUCGUAAGGACAGAUAUUGAAAAAUAUAAAUAAAUGGAUUAUCGUUCGAGAAAUCA